AGAAUGAUCUUAUUACUAGCUAAUAGCUAUUAUCCUUGAUACAGGGAAGGAUUUAGUUCAAGCAAUCUUUUUCAAUUUACUACAGCAUGUCAUCACCUCACAUGGAACACAAAUAUAACAGAGUUUAUUUGUCAAAUCUCGCGCUAGAGUUGGGGAGUACAUUCAGAGGUAGCAAACUUUCCUGUCAAGAAUUACAUCUGUCAAGUCCUACCUUAUGUGAUGGGAUGCAGUCCUAUUUAUACAUAAUCUCAUUUUCCAUCCAGGUCCACAUAAUCUACUGUAGCUCGUUCGAAGGCCCAGCUUGCAAUCUUCCGUUCGCAUCAACAUGCCAAGCUUUCCUUAUGUCUUCACGGAAUCCUCCAAGUACAGCAGUAAGCAUUGGGAUGUUCGCGAAAGCGUGCUGUUGUGACAGCGGGAAGGUGCUGAAGCGCAAGGUGGAUGUGUAGUCCCUAUUUCUGUACGGAAACUCUAAUCGCAGAGCUUUUUGCGUGAGUUAGGGUGUUGUGGCUUGAAUACGACGUGCCCAACUGAAACCUCAGUGCUGGGAGAAUGGUUGCAAUGGAC